GGGCCCCCUUCCCUCGUCAAGAUGCCAGUCAUGGUGGAGGACGUCAUGAACCUGCUGUGCUGUAUUUCGGAGGAGAGGAAAAUGCAAGCUGCAGUGAAACAUUCUGGGAAAGGAGCCAUGAUGGCCGGGGCGGCUGCUUUCCUUGGUGGUUUGGUGGGAGGUCCGCCAGGAAUAGCUGUAGGGGGCACAGUCGGUGGCCUGUUGGGUGCUUGGAUGACUAGUGGACAAUUUAAACCAAUUCCUCAGAUCAUCAUGGAACUGCCCCCCUCUGAGCAACGGAAGCUCUAUAACGAGGCCUUCGCCGUCAUCAGAAACUUAGACUGGAUGGACGCCGUCCAGUUGACCGCCCUGGUAAUGGGCAACAGCGCCCUUCAGCAAAAAUUGGCCUCGGUCGUCGUAAAUUAUCUCUCACGCGAGCUUAAAGCGGAAAUACGGUACGGAGACUAGCCCUUUCCGCUGGGUGCUCCCUCCUAUCCGGUGGAGGGGCUGACGGUUUGGAUGAGUUACUGGACUUAGAAGUAUAACGAGUAGUUGCUGCCGCUCUCUUGUCGCAAAUGCUGGAGUCCUCCAGGUCUGGGAAGAGUCCCGCCGGAGUGAUAUUCACAUUAUCUUGGCGUUUUCUUCAGACUGACCCCAAACGUCUAAUUUAAAUUGCCCUUUGGUUUCAUCAACGCAGUUCACUACCCCUGAAAGUGUAUUCGUGAAAGAAUUAGUUCCCGGCAACCGACGCUUGCGGAAACUCUUCUUGCUGUGAAGGAGGCUAGAACAAAGGGCUGUUUGCCGUUAGAAUCGGCGGUAGUUUUUUUUCAAAACCCUUCCGUCCUCCCAUGUGGAUGUUUGGAAAGGUUAUUGACCUCGUCUUUUUCUCUCUCCAACUUUUUGGGGGUGAGAAGCUAAGCUCCCCCCUCCGAGUUUGGGGAACUAAUGGGUUCAUUUCCUUCUGAUGCCCCAGUAACUCUCCUGGUUUACCACCAAAGGCCUCUGAAGUGUGUAAUCUCUUCACGCCCCCUUUAUCUUUGUUUGAUUGCCUCCUUCAAUACCUCCUUGAUUUUUGAGUUCGUAUCCUUUUAAAAUUGUCAACAUACUUGGAGGUUCUCCGGCACUGCUGUCAGUACCUGGAUUUUGGGCCUCCCAUUUCUCGGUUAUAAAAUUGGGGGUUAUCCCUGAAAAGUGCUUUUUACAUUAUUAAAUUUACUGUAGUGAUACUUAAAGUAGUGUUAUUUCUGAACCCCUUCUUAAGGGGCAUCAAGCAGUCCACUUGGCACCCGGAUGUGUGAAAUAAUGCUCGCUUUGCUAGUAGAACUGCAACUUUGCUUGAUGAAGAUUUGCCCUUUUCCAAGUUUUUUUUUGGGGGGGGGGAUGUGAUUCAUAGGGUUUCUUAACUAGAAAUAAAAAAGGGAUAAACAUGACAAAUCAGGAAAUUGUUUAUAUUGAAGGAUUCUGUAACCAGAGUCUCUGGUGGUUUAUCAGUGAAAAUUGCACUCUUCUAAGUUUGGUGUAGUAGAUAUUAAGGUAAUUAAUUGAGAAUUGUAUGACGUGAUCAAUAAACAUACUUUUGCCAUGCAUUUACCACUUACACAGAUAAGGUAUCAUUUGCAUUUGCAAAAAUCAUGUCCAAUAUUGCUCCUUGAACUCCUCCAAAAAUACGCUCAAUAGGCUUUGUGUCACUCCAUAGACCUGAAAUGUCCAUUUCACUUUUUUUCCCCAUUGUUGUAACAUGGCAAAGUUGCCUUUUCUGCAUAAAGGAAAACAUGCCGUUGUUGAGAGUGAAGCCAGAAUAAAAUCUUUUGCUUCAGGAAAUA